AAUUAGUUAUGAGAUAUGAGUACGUUGAUGUGAGCUAGAGCUGAAAUAGAAAGUAGUAUUAGUUAUUACAUUUGUAUAUUGUUGAACAUUUCCGCUACAUUAUUUUUGAAUUUAUAAUUUCAUGACAACUAAUAGGCCUGCAGUACAUUCUGGCAGGGAGUCGCAAAACUUAAACUGAAAGCAUCUCAUUAGAAAAUAGUUCUGAAGUGAUGAGUGUUAAAUCUCUUUCAUCUUAUGUACCACAUUCCAGAGUGAUCAGUUCAGUGUACAUACAUGCAAGUUGGGUUACAGUUAUGUGGUUAUUUUGUAUUAAAGUUUCAAACAGCAACAUGCCAUUGUUUGGGAAGUCACAAAAAAGUCCAGUAGAACUGGUGAAAGUGCUUCGAGAAGCUCUUUUAGCCUUGGAAAGAGGAGAUAAAAAGGCAGAAAAGGCUCAAGAAGAUGUGUCAAAAAAUCUAAUGUUAAUGAAAAACAUGUUGUAUGGAACCAAUGAUCAGGAACCUCAGACAGACAUAGUCCUGACACAGCUUGCACAUGAAUUGUAUAAUUCUAACCUUCUGUUGUCAUUUAUUCAAAAUUUAUCAAAGAUAGAUUUUGAGGGGAAAAAAGAUGUUGCACAGAUAUUCAAUAACAUUCUGAGGAGACAGAUUGGUACAAGGUCACCAACAGUAGAGUAUAUAUGCACUAAAUCAGAAAUACUUUUCACUUUAAUUAAAGGGUAUGAGAAACAGGAUAUAGCUCUGAACUGUGGAACAAUGUUACGAGAGUGUGCCAGAUACGAAGCUCUGACUAAGAUUGUAAUCUAUUCAGAUGAGUUUUACAGUUUCUUCAAGUUUGUAGAAGUUUCAACUUUUGACAUUGCUUCAGAUGCAUUCUCCACUUUUAAGGAAUUACUUACAAGACAUAAGGGUCUGUGUGCUGAAUUUCUGGAAAACAAUUAUGAUAGAGUGUUCAGUCAUUACCAGAACUUACUGAACUCAGAAAAUUAUGUAACUCGAAGACAGUCCUUAAAGUUGCUUGGGGAGCUUCUGCUUGAUCGUCAUAACUUUUCUGUAAUGACCCGAUAUAUAAGUAACCCAGAGAACUUAAAGCUUAUGAUGAAUAUGCUGAAAGAAAAAAGCAGAAAUAUUCAGUUUGAGGCUUUUCAUGUCUUUAAGGUAUUUGUUGCCAAUCCCAACAAACCAAAAGCAAUUCUUGAUAUACUUCUUCGAAACAAAGAAAAGCUUGUUGACUUCCUUACGAGGUUCCACACUGAUCGUUCAGAUGAUGAACAGUUCAACGAUGAAAAGGCCUACCUAAUAAAACAGAUUAGAGAGUUAAAACCUCAUGACGAACACUAGCAGA